UCUUUCCUCCUCCACAAUGUAUUUGUACUUUAGUAACACUGAUGAUCAGCUCCUAAUUAAUAUUUGACUCCAGGCAACCGAGCUCAGAGUUGGGCCACACUGGAGGAGCUGCAUGCCCAGGGGAAGCUGAAGGCCAUCGGAGUGUCAAACUACACACCAGCACACAUGAGAGAACUGAUGCAGAGCUGCAAAGUCCCUCCUGCACUGCUACAGGUAGAGUUUCACCCCAAGCUGUGCCAGACCGAGCUGAGGAAAGUGUGUAAGGAGUAUGGAGUGUGUUUCCAAGCGUUCUCCUCCUUAGGGAAAGGAGAGCUGGUCACUGACCCUGUGGUCUUGGAGGUGGCAAAGAAUUGUGAACGCACCCCUGGACAGGUCCUCUUACGCUGGGCUGUGCAGCAGGACGUCCCAGUGAUCCCCAAAUCGUCAAAUCCAAACAGAAUAAAGGACAAUGCCAGGCUUUUUGACUUCACACUGAGUGAUGCAGACAUGGACAGACUGUCAGCUUUGGACUGUGGGCAAAAGUAUUGCUGGGAUUCAUCAGAAGUCGCUUGAUAGACCACACAUUUGAACACACGUUGUCUUCCAUGAUGCCUCUUAAAUGCUGCUGCUCUUUGGCUCUGACUGGCAGUGAUGCAGUGGUGGGAAACCACCACUAGAACACUCAGUUACAUAACAAAUGCAUUGGGUGAAUGUAUUGAUUUAGAUCAAAUGUAUGAGAGUUCAAGUAUGAUUUUGUACAACAUUGGCGAGUAAGUUAUCCUGUUUAUUGUGACCCAUGUGCCAUAAAAUACUGAGCCCUUUCAGGCAGUAGAUGUAUCCUGAACAAAAAUGUAUUUAAUGUGCCAACAUUUUAAGACUACUUCCAUAUUCUUUGUUGCCUCACGCUGAUCUUUAAUCAUACUCUUACAAACAAUACGGUGGCUUUUGUGUUCUAGCUUUCCCAUUUGAGCUGUCUAUGUAUUACCACUUAUUUGAGAUGAAAGAAUAUGCAAUUUU